CGUUCCCCUUCUCCCGAACGCAAUCCUACUCUCCUCCGCCGCACCGCCACCAGGGCGACCGAUCUCUCCGCCGCCGCCCCUUCCUCUACCACCUCCGGCAGACCAGCGCCCUCCGCCGCGCUCGCCGGCGACCCCUCCCACGCCUGUCCCGCGGGCCCUCCCCGCUGGCAGGAACCCUAGGACCACGAGAUCCGUCCCCGCCGCCGUUGACCGGAGCUCACCCCCACCAGCGGGACAAGGGAACCGCACUGGGCUCGUCUCUUCCGUAACCCCGUCGCGACCCCUCCCCGAACCCUACCUCCUCCUCCCCGACCGAAGGCCCAAGGACACCGCCGCCCGCCUCCCUCUUCCGCCGCGACUCCGUCUGCCCCGUCGUCGUCCCAAGCAGAUGAAUCAGGCUGAGAUCUCUGGUUUGGAAUACACUGGCUUGCAUGAUACUCAUGCUGGUGAAGAAACAUAUGCACCUGAAUUUCCUCCAAUGAAUCAGGAUCUAUCCCAGAAAACCGAAUUUGAUGUGGUUAUGGCAACUACAGCCAUGCACAGUGGUUCUAGCAAUUCCUAUGCUUGCUUACAUGGAUAUCAAGAUACAGAGAUGAUGUCAGGAAUUCAGGCCGGGAAGGAAGUUGUACUUGGCAGUAUGCAACACCUUGAGGAGAGAUUUUCUGAUUCUGAUGAAGAAAAUUUGUCAUCUAGCCCUGAAACUUCAUCCACCACUAAUUACGGUUACAUGGAACAAAAUUUGGAAAAUAUGUACAAUGCUUUGGGUGAAAUGGUUAAUAAAGAAGGGGCGGUUGUGCUUAAACCUGACUUUGUGAUGUGCGACAUGGCCCUGCAUCUUCAGCCUCACUUAAUUUUUUCACCAGACUGGUUCAAAAUUGAACAUUCUGAUUGUGAUUCAUAUGAAGAUGAUAAGACAAUAACUCUAUAUUGGGAUGUUUGUGACAUCAUUUCCAUUAAUAGUCAAUGGACUCAGAGUGUCAUGUCUGCCUCUGUAACUCUCCUUAUUAGACCCAGUGCAGAGGCCGAAAGUUCAGAUCCUAUUAGAGUGGAAUUUAUUCUUACAGAUCCACAGUGGCCUCGAAAACAAGAGAAGAUUUGUCAUAUGGCAUUAAGAUAUCGUGACAUCUGGAACAACACUCCAUCAGAGGAUUUUGCAUUGGAGAACCGGAGCACCGACCCAAGUUUAUUUUUCCCGAAACAAUAUUUUUCUGGCAUUGACGACUUUGAAGACGUUAUCUAUCCUAAAGGAGAUCCGGAUGCUGUUUCUAUUAGCAGCAGAGAUGUUGAUUUGCUUCUACCUGAGACAUUUGUCAAUGACACAAUAAUUGACUUUUAUAUCAAAUACUUAAGCACAAGAAUGAAGACCACAGAGAAGUGCAAGUUCCACUUCUUUAAUAGCUUCUUUUUUCGCAAGCUGGCUGAUCUUGACAAAGAUCAAGGGAGAGCUCCAGAGGGUAGAUCAGCUUUUUUACGUGUCCGCAAGUGGACCCGAAAAAUAAACAUAUUUGCGAAGGAUUUUCUAUUUAUUCCAGUGAACUUCAGCUUGCAUUGGAGCUUGAUUGUUAUUUGUUAUCCUGGAGAAGUGGAAACAUCUGAAGAAGGUGAAGCAAAAAAACAUGGUAAACUUCCAUGUAUAUUACAUAUGGAUUCUCUUAAAGGAAAUCACAGUGGACUGAAAGACAUUAUUCAAAGUUAUCUAUGGGAAGAGUGGAAGGAAAGGCACCCUGAAUCAGCAUUAGAUAUUUCAGACAAAUUCUUAAACCUGAGAUUCGUCUCCCUUGAGCUUCCUCAGCAAGAUAACUCAUUUGACUGUGGCUUGUUCUUGCUCCAUUAUGUGGAACGCUUUCUGAUGGAUUAUCCCAGUGACUUUAACCCUUUGAAGAUAUCAAUAUUCUCAACCUUUCUCAGUGAUGGUUGGUUUGAACCUGCUGAAGCUUCUAUGAAGCGUUCAUUGAUCCGGAAGUUAAUCCAGGAGCUAGUGACAGAACCUUCUAAAACUUUUCCGGAAUUUAUCUGUGGUAGCGAGGAGUUUGACGAAAGCUAUCUAGAAAGUGAAAAUGCUGAACAUGAAGCAGCUAGGGAGUUCCUUGCUCAGGGGUGCGCUGCUGGUGAAUCUGACUCUCUUUGCCAAAUUUCUGGAACAAAGCAACAAUCCACAUCCGUCUGCUUUAAUGAUUCUGGAAAUGGGCUACCUGUUUCUGGAUGCAUUUUAGAGACUGAAGGGGUUACAACAUUUUCUGUACAAGACAUGCAGGUUUGUCCACCUGACAAUGAUAUUGCCGACUACAUGCCAAGCCAGGGUGUGGAAACUGAGCCACCUCUUGCGGAUUAUGAUAAUAAUCCUUACCUGAGAUUAUGUCCCGCAGAAGGUGCUGAAGCGUUGAAGGAUGAUGGUUGUGUGGUACAAGAUCAGGACACUUGUGAGGAAUCCAUGCUGGAUUGUUCGCAUAAUAACCAGACAAUUUCCGGCCAAAUUGAAGUUACAGUGCAUGAUAUUAUGGAUUCCAAGUGUGUCUCUUUCUGUGCUAACUCUGAGGCAUUGGCCUACAAAGAAUGUAGUUUAGAAACAAACAUAAAUGAAGUUGUGGAUGAUUGCUGUGAUGGUUCCGGAGAUAUGCAUCCUGUCGUGAUGUCUAAUGCCAGAGCCAUGGAAGUUGACAUUGCACCUGAUCCAGCAAGCACCAAAGAUGAAGCUGACAAUGACAGAUGUAAUCUUCCUGAUGUCUCGGGAUCUGUUGUGGCUGGUGAUAUAGAAAUGAAUACUUCUGAGCAUUCUUUAGAAAGAAACAUUGUUGAAGUUGAGGAGGCCAAGGGUGAUAUUUCUGUGGACAUGUCUUCACUCGUGGUAUGUGAUUUGAACAAUGAUAUUGCUGAGCAGUCUUCACUCGUUGUAUGUGAUUUGAAUAACGAUGUUGCUGAGCAUUCUCCUGCAACAAUUACUGUCAAAUCCGAGGACGCGAAACAUGAAGAUACUUCUGUGGAUCUCGAGGUAGAAGAAGAUAUCGAAGUUGGCAUGGAGGAAACUUGCGAAGCUGCGGUUAAAAUCAAUGAUGGUGAGCAGCAUUCCAAAGAGGGAAACAUUGACAGCAGUGCUAUCAGCGACAGCUCUAUUCCCCAUGAGUCGAAAGAGGGAGAGACUAGCGCCAUUGUGGCUGGUGACAGUAAAGAUGGGAGCGAUGAAGCUCAUGCCGACAGUGUGGAUGCACACGGUAACUUAGGACCAGCAGCAGGCGAGGCAGUUAAGCAUAUCGAUAAUGAGAUGCCUGACAUAGAUAAUGUCUCCUGCGCGAAGAAUGAAAGAGUUUCCGAGGACAAACCCUGCGGUGCUAAAAGGCCUCUUCCGGAUAGCAUCUCCAAAGAUCAGAAGAUGGAAGUUCCUGAGCUGCCAGACUUGGAUAGCACCUCCUGUGUGAAGAAUGAAGCGAUCAGCAAGGAGAAACCAAAUGAAGCAGUCGGCGAGGAGAAACCAAAUGUAGCAGUCGACGAGGACAAAUCCUGGGAAGCUAAAAGGCCUCUUCCCUCAAGCACCUCUGAAGACCAGACCAUGGAGGUUUCGGAGGGCAUGUGCUCAGAGAAAGACGUCGAGUCCACCGCAGAGAAGCAAGAGCAUCGCCAGAAGCGUCGCAAGGUCCUCCCGCCGACGACGUCGGCAACAGAAAGGCGACAAACGAGGAGCUCCUCGAUGCCACGGAAUGUGGAUUAGAAAAAAUCAGGCCGGUGUAGCAACCCGCUAGUUGUCCUUCCUUUGCACAAUUGUUACUUGUCUGAAACAGGUGACAUGCUCUCUCUUAUGGAUUCGACAGACCUCUUGUAUGAUAUAGUUAGCUGCCUGACUGACCGAGCCUGUUUGCUACCUUUUGGGGUUCGCCUGAAUUUAGGUGUUAAUAUUGCCGCCCAACGUUGUUGCAUGUUAUUAUUAUUACACUACUCAGUUUAGCAAGAUGAAAUGGUUGUAUGCCUA